AAGAGUAAUGAGCAUUUUUCAAGAAGUAGACUUCAGAUGAAUGUAGAUGAAGAGAUGCGAACUAGGUAUUGUACGUUGGAGGCCACUUUAUCUCUUUUUAGAGGCCAAAUCCACCGUCGGCGGCUAAGAAGCGCUGACUUCAAUCCCUCCCAAUCCAGAUCGGAUGGAUGAGGUGCUGAUCCAGAAUCGCGUAAAUCGCAUCUUUUAGCAUUACAGCUUCAGUCCAUCUUCUCUACAGCUUUGAGCUUCAUGGAAAGACUUCCAGGCCACUUGGGGCUUUAUAGGAUACGCUCGGUACUUCUGAGCGAUUUGCAAGGCUGAUUUCUUCAAUGCGGGCAACCCCUCCUGUAGCCCUCGCUUUCAAGUACAGCAAACUGUCAAGCACCGCAUCAUCCAUUCGUCUGCUUGAACUGGUUCCAUCUGUUAGCAAUCGCAUCAAUAGUACUCUCAAGGAGUUCAGACUGAAUGAAGCACCCUCCUUCAACGCCCUUAGCUAUACAUGGGGCUCUCCUCUGACGCAUCUCUCGGCGUCGUCUUCGCUUCUGCAACAAAUCAAAGCCAGAGACGGAAGGCACGAAGACGUCCAUCACAAACGAUCCAACUCGAUUACUUGCGAUGGAGCUGCGCUACCGGUGACGACAAACCUCCGGGAUGCCCUGCUAAUGCUACAGAAGACCGAUCUGGAAAAUGCAACGGCAUCUGAUACCAAGUACAUCUGGAUUGAUGCCAUUUGUGUCAAUCAAAAUGACAUUGCAGAGCGUAACGAUCAGGUCUCGCUCAUGUCUGACAUCUUCCGAUCAGCGCACUCAGUCGUUGUCUGGCUUGGUCCUGAGGAUGAAUUUACCGCGGACGCUCUCAAAGUCCUGGAGACGAUAGGCUCGCUACCUGAGGAUGCGGGUGAGUCUGCUGAGGAAGAUUACACGCGUCUGUUUGAUGGAGACAACUGCGCGACAUAUGCACGACUCGGAAUCUCUCCACUAAAAUAUCAUCACUGGCUUGGCUUUCUCGCUUUCAUCAAUCGGCCAUGGUUCGAAAGAGCGUGGGUAGUGCAGGAGCUAGCUUUGGCAAAUGCUGCCACCGUAAUCUGUGGCAAGCAUCGCAUCCCUUGGAGAUGGAUGUCGCGGACUCUCAGAUUCAUCCAGACCACGCGAUGGUACCACCACCUAUCCUCAGCUAAGCUGCGCCAUGUACAAGAGCUCCGUGACCAUUCCGGUAUCUAUCACGAGCUCCUUCAAUCAGACAUUUCCAUAAAGAUGACAGCAUUGUAUCUGGAUAGGACACGGAUGAGAGUGGCCGAUUCUCAGAGGCCGCGCGGGGAUCAGCCCCCGAAGAAUGGCCUUCCGUUGCGCACACUGAUCGAGACACACAGGUUCACGAAGACGACGGACGCUCGUGACAAAGUCUACGCACUCCUUGGACUUGCGGAUCAGAAUGGAGCACCGUUCAAGUCGUUGUCCGAAGAGGACACGAUCAGAGCUGAUUACAAUCUGUCGACUCAGCAGCUAUACUUGGACACCACGCGGGCGUUUUUACUAUCGUCACGUAACCUAGGCUUCAUGUCCAACGUGCAAGACCCCAGUCAAACCGUAACGGAAGGUUUACCUUCGUGGGUCCCCGACUUCAGCGUGGAGCAGCAACCAUACCCGCUCAUGUUUCGAGGGUUUCCCCGGUGGAGGGCUAACGGUCGGGGAGGGCCCAGAUGGGAACCUGACGCUUCUGCUAUGCGAGAUGGCCUACUCCGUGUCCAGGGUAUCUGCAUCGACCGCGUUGCCAGCGUUGUCAAACUGCAGAACGAAUGCGACAACCCGUCGGAAUUCUGGUCCGACAUCGUCAAAGUAGCAUCAGAGCUCAACGACCGAUGCCCAAUCUCCUACUUUAGCGGGUUCCAUCCCUCACGAGUCGAAGUCCUCUGGCGCACGCUCAUGACGAACACAUAUCAGCGAAAGUGCCCUGCGCCAUCGUCUUGCGGGGAGCUCUUCAUCGACUACAUUCUUAACCUGCAGAUCCGACAUUCCCUCAGCCCGUGGUCGAUCGAGGUCGAUUUCCAGCCUCACCAGGCCCAUGUCGCCGAGGACAUCGUCCCGCAAUGGCACACAUUGCUCGCUGCCGAGCCCGAAGACUCGCCCUACGGCCUGGCGCUGUACAAAGAACGCUUCUCCGAGAUCGUCGGCAGGAUGUUCAAGGGCGGAUACAACCCCGUGCGACUGUCGCAGCUACACCACGAGCUGGAGAAUUCGUCUGGUAGCGUGCGGAGGGUGUUUAGGACUCAGUCACAGCUGUUGGGGACGGGGGCGCGGUCGCUGCAGGCAGGCGACGAGAUCUGGAUCUUGAGGGGUGCUUCGGUGCCUUUUGUGCUGCGGAGGAUGGCGAAUGGGCGUUAUAGACUUGUUGGCGAGGCGUAUGUUCAUGGCGUUAUGGUGGGGAAGGCUCUGACGAUGGGCUUUGAGGUGCAGGAGAUUGUGAUUGAGUGA